AUGAAUGAUGAUAAAAAUGUGUUUUUAUUUCAUCUGUUUUGCUCAAGCAUAAGUGAAAUAAAUGAAACAAAUGAAAAAGAUGAUGGAAAGGUUAGUAUUAAAAAUUAUUUCUUUAUAAAAUUACCAAGUAUAUCUGAACCUUCAAAAACUGUACUUUAUCAUUAUAAUGAGGAAACUAAUGAAUUAUUUUUAUUAGAAAGAAAUUAUUAUAAUCCGAAAAUCGAAACAAUACGUUAUGAAAGUGAAAAAAUUAAUAAAAAUUAUAUAUCAUUAUUUGUAAAUAAUUAUACUAUAGAAAAUGAUUGUGGAUAUUAUUGUUAUCCAAUAGAUGCCUUAUUUGUAUUUAUAUCAAUUGUAUAUAAUAAUUAUACACAUAAUACUUAUACAACUUUAGAAGAUUAUUUAAUAUUUAUUAUAAAAGAUAAUAUAAAAUUGAGAAAAGAUGUAACAAAAAAUUUGUUAUUAAUUUUAGAAAAUAAUGUAAAUAAUAUAAAGGAUAGAUUGAAAUAUGUAUGUGAUGAAUUACAUGAAAAUAAUAUAUCUUAUUACAAACCUAACAUGGACAAAGUUCGUAAAUUUUAUAAUUUAAAGUGUAUUAUCUUAUUCAAUUAUAUAAUAGAAAAUAAAAUUGUAUUCCCAGAUUAUUCUCAAUGUAUAGAACAAGAAUUAUUAGACAAAUAUAAAUCAUAUCAAAAUAAUAAUGAUAAUAAUAUUUCUAGUAAAAAUCCUAUCUAUACAUUAAUGAAACAAAAUAAACGACAAAUAGAUAAAUAUAAUGAAUACAAAAAAUAUGUAGAUAAUUAUUUAAUAGAAUUUAAUAAGAAACAUUAUAAAUUUAAUGCACAUAAUUUAAGAACAUUCGUUUGGCAAAUUAUCAAAGGAUUUAUAUGCAUAUCCCUUUGCGAACAAAUCACCCCUCAGGAUAUAUCUGAUAAAUUAAAAAAAAUGAAAGAAGAAGAAACUAAUAAAAAAAUAAUACAACAAAAUGAAACAUUUGCAAAAGGUAAAAAACAUCCUUUGCAACAACCCCCAAGAAAUCAACUCAUGAUAGAUUCCUUUUUUAAAAAAAAAGUCAAGCUGAAAUGA